AGCCGAAGAUGCAUGGAGAAGCCUGUGAGUUAAUAUUUUUUCCUGCCCUUAUUCUGCUUCCUCACAGCCUCACUGAAGCCGAUCCAGAGCGCGAUCCGACAGAGUUUGGCCGCAGCAAUUUCCGGUUUUGUUUUGUUGUUUCUUUCUUUCUUUUUUUUUUUUCCUUUUUUUUUUUUUUUUUUUUUUCCUGUUCCACCAAGACACGAGCCAGAAUUAAUCCGCUCCUAAUCGCGGCGUGCAGCCGGCCGGGCUGACCUCCGCACGUCCUUCCCUGCGCCCAGCGGGGACCGUCCCCGGGUGGGACCCUCCCGUCCCCGUCCCCGUCCCCGUCCCCGUCCCCGUCCCCGUCCCCGUCCCCGUCCUGCCGGUGCCUGCUGCGAGCCCGGCUCUUGGCAGAGCUCCCCAGCCCUUCCUGCCUCGCCUCCCUCGCCGCGAGCCUGCCCGGCCCCGGCCCAGCCAUGCGGGCUGUGUUUGUACACAGAUGAGUAACAGCUCCGGCGCUCGCACAGCGCCCAGCCCGCUGCCGGCAGCAGCGCCCCCAGGGGUGGAGGCGGAGAGGGGAGCGGCGGCGCUGCCAGGGCCAUCAGUGGGCCACCUGUCCGGAGCACAGGGACAUCACCUUGGCCGUCACGGGGCAGCCACGUCCCCAUCCUUUUACCUCCCCAGUGCCACUUGGUGCCUGGCCAGGCAGCGAUGUGUCCAGGCAGGGUGUGAGGCACCGCCGGGGCUCGUCCCCAAGGACGCUGAGCCGACGUCGUCCCUCGGAGCCGCCGUCCCGACCGCGCGAUGCUGAGCCUCAAGCUACCCCGGCUGCUCAGCAUCAACCAAGUGCCUAAGGGCUACCAGGAGCAGGGCAUCCUCUGCGGGUACCGCCCCCCGCGGAGCUCGGCGGCCGACUGCCUCCUCAGCGUCUUCCAAAUGACCAACGAAACGCUCAACAUCUGGACGCAUUUCGUGCCCGCCUGGUACUUCGUGUGGACCCUGGUGGGGCGGCUGCGGGGGCCGGGGGGCCCGGAGGACCCCCACGCCUGGCCCCUCCUCGCCUACCUGCUGACCUGCUGCAUCUACCCCCUGGCCUCCAGCUGCGCCCACACCUUCAGCCCCAUGUCCACCCGCGCCAGGCACAUCUGCUACUUCUUCGAUUACGCGGCGCUCAGCAUGUACAGCUUGGGUUCUGCGCUGGCGUAUUCAGCGUACGUUUUCCCAGACGAGUGGGUCAGCAGCACCUUCCACCACUGUUACGUCCCCAUCGCCGUGUUCAACACCGUGGUGAGCACCAGCCUGUCCUGCUAUUCCAGGUUCCUGGAGGUGGAGCGGCCGCGGCUCAGCAAGGCGUCCCGCACCCUGGCCUUCGUGUACCCCUACCUCUUCGACAGCAUUCCCCUCUUCUACAGGUUCUACCUGUGCGCCGUGCGGAGCUGCGCCGAGCCCGCGGUCGCGCUGCACUACAAGCACACCGCCUUCGCCUUCCUCACCUGCUUCAUCUUCGCCACUCACCUGCCGGAGAGGCUCGCGCCAGGACACUUCGACUACAUCGGGCACAGCCACCAGGUUUUCCACGUGUGCGGGAUCCUGGGCACGCACUUCCAGAUGGAAGCCAUCAUGAUGGACAUGAGCGAGCGCCACGAGCGGCUGCUGGCCACCUCGCUGCUGCCCUCCGCCCUGCAGACCCUGGUGCCCAUGGGCACCUGCAUGGCCAUCGGCCUGGCCGUCAUCGGGCUCAGCUCCGCGUCCCUCUGCUUCAUGCCCGAGCCUGGGCACAAAGACAAGCCACACGGGCACUAGGCUUCGGGUCUAGGUGGCACCCGUGCUGCUCUGCAAGCCAGAGCCUAAACAGCACGUGGAUGGGAUGAGUUUAUCUGCAUACGCUCUAGGAGAAAAUGUUUAUUUACGGUUUCUCGAGAGCGGAACAUAUUGCACUGGUUUUUGUACAUAUAGCUUUAAAGCUGGGAACAGAUUAUGCAAUGCUUUUAAUCAAGUUGGUCUUUCACCACCAGAAAUAUUUAAAAUAAUCUUAACGUUUCCUGCAAAAGGGAGAUAAGUGCUAAUACUUUCCAAAGCAAUAGGCAUUCAUCGGUUCUGCCUUAUGGAGGACGUGGGGAAGCAAGGGCAGGGGGGAGCACUGGGGGUACGAAUGUCCCUGCUGGUGGCUUGGUCCUGAAGCAGGCCCCGAUGGCAGGGAAGGGAACGCGCUGUGCGCCACGUCCCGAGCUCUGAGCCCAGGGCCCUCACCUUGCAGGUCCUGUCAUCUGGGGGGCCAAAACUCAGAUAUCAGAGUCCUUGCACUAAACCCAAGUGCCUACCCGAUAUGGGACUGAGGGAGACCAGGGCGUGCCUACACUUUAAAUUUUACUGAAAUAGCUAUUUUUGAUAAUUAUCCGGAAAGUGUUACUCCAAGGGAUCUCUCCAUGUGGAUGCUCCUCCAGAAUAGCCCUUUUUGCCCAAUUGCAGUGCAUAGAUGAGUCCUGGGGAGUGAAUUUCUGUGCAAGAACUCAGCUCUCACCCUACGGCUGGGGGCACCUCUGCCCCUCCUUGCCUUCUGGUCCCUCUUGCACAGAAAAGUGUUUGUGGCUCCCCUAGGGCUGGUGGCUCCAGCGACGGAGCCGUGCCCGUGCCUGGCUGGGCUCCACGGCGCAAGCAGCCCGCCAAAGGGGAUCGCUUCUCCUCCAAGAGAGGUCCUGAGGGCUUUGGGGACGCUUCCGAUGAGGCUGUCACGUUGGUUUUACCCGAUACCUUACAGGAGGUGCAUGUGAUGCAGAUGACUGCUAUGGAAUGUUAUCAAGCUCCUUGAUAAUCAUACGGGUGUAUAACUUGUUUCGCGUAUAAUUACCUCUCUCAAGGUAUACUAGAUGCACUUUUGAGUGACAACACAAUGGCUCGUUAAAGAUAUUAUGGGACAACUAAGUCUUUUGAAAGCAAACUUUCUUUUGAAAACUGACCAAGAUUUAUAUUAAUAUUUAUAAGCACUGGAACAUAAUUGUUUAUUCAACAGUUUUAUUUCAUUAAAAGAGGAAACUAAUAUAACUAUGGCACUGAUGUAUUCUAACCUGAUUUGGAUAGUUCCGUUUCUGUCUGUGAAAAUAAUCACUUCAGAGAUAAUUGCUAAUAAUUGCAAAGCUUAUUUACCUUGUGUAUAUGUGUAACUGGAAAGGAAUCUGGCUCUAUCUGCAAGACAUGAUUUAAGCUCUGUAAACUUUACAUUAAUUACUCUAAUUUUUUUCUUAGUUGUUUGUUUAACUUCUGAAUUUGGGAAGUUCUCUGGUGCUCUUGAGGUGAACUUACUUGCAGGAAAACUACACUGAAAAUAUAGCACUACAUUCUAUACUGCCACAAUCCCUCCGGAUCCUGCAGCCCUUUGCACAGACCCUCUGCCCAGUGCACACCUUACACAACAAGUGAGUGAAUGUGGUUUGAUCUUGGAGCAGCAUAGCCAAGCCAGAUUUCUUAUUCAGUUGGAGACAGGCCUUCAAAAAGCUGUUCAAUGUACUUCAUUUUAUUCACAUAAAGAAAUAAAAGCUUUGUGUCAAGCUGCAAACAA